UGGAGCAAUGCGCUGAAACCAAAUUGGCCGGAAGAUGUGAUGUGAUGAGCCAAUCACGAAAUUUCAGCUGCUUCAGCAGCGUCAUCACAGGGGACAAGAUAGCCCACCUGGUACGCAAGAGCACCACACGGCAGACACAGCCCUGUCGAGGAUCUUGGCCUGCCUUCUCCUGUUUUGUUUGCAAGGUUGCUGAAGACUUCGUAAUCAUCGAUGUAUGUAUGGACACGGAGAGAGAUCUGUUCAUUCUGUUCGUUCAGUGCGUGCAUUGCACCUGCUGUGCGUGUGCUGUUGGCAGCGCUGUUUCUCCCAGAAGAGGACGACUGCACUGCGGAUCGAGGCCGUCCGUAUAAAUGACUAAUGGAGAGCGGCAUGCUGAUACCCAACCGAAUCCGAACCAAACAUGUACAAGAGUGGAAGUGGAACACACACAGUCUAUGCUCGCCACGCCCUGCCCUCAUUUGCAAGUUCUGCGUGUGUCAGCUACGAGCUGGACCUGCACGGCGAGGCCCGGUCGAAGGUGCCUGAGUUCGAUGCGCUCUGGUCCAGCGACGCGUUGGUGGAGGCCCUGUCGUGCUGCCUGAAGCAGCUGGGGUCGAAUGUGGAGCCACGAAGGGGACACAGGCCCGAAGCAUCAAGAUACAGUGCGACAAAGGGAAUGGCGGAUGCUUCCUCUUCCAGUGAGUGAAGUAAUGAUCAGGAAGGAGCAACAUCUGCUGUCGAUUGUCGGUCGGUGUGCUAUGGCCUGGCUGCUUUGUCAGAUGGUGAGGGGGCGGGUUAGCCAGCUAGCCACGAAUGGCCGACUUCCUACGGCCUGGUGACCGGCGCGCGCACGACACAAAGACACAGACACGAUACGUGCCUUUUCCCCCUUUGCUGUGCGCGCGUCUACCGGGACACAAACACACGCCCCUUUGUUGGUUGUGUAUACGCACUGUGGCACAUCCGUGCAGGCAUUCCCUGCUGCCUGCGACUUACUUAUGGCAAUUGAUAUAGAUGAGAAGGAGAGGUUCCAACAGAGAGAAGAAAAGAGAGAUGGACGCACAGCCGACCAACCGACGGAUCGAUCGUUUUCCCUCCUGGCACACAGGAGAGAGUGGACACAUACACAGACACCUGUGUCGCCUGCCGUGGCCUUCUUAUGGAUGGAUGGAUGUACGCAUUUGUGCCUGCUUGUAUACAUAUACCUUCAUGUGCUAUAUAUGUAUGGAUACUUGUGCCUCACAUGUAUCCACCGCUUGGCCUUGCUGAUGGAUUGAUCUUGAAUGGCGAAGUUGAACGGCUGGCUGCGUGUGAUGAGUGGAUGGAUGGAUGCAUGGACGCAAGGGGAUGGAUGUCAUCGAUGUUGAGGCUUUACACACAGGGGAGAAGAUGGACGAACGAAAGCCAACUGCCACGAAAAGAAAAUGCUUGUGGCGAGA